GUCAGCUCCGGUGGCCCUGAAUAACCCCAACAACAACAACAAGAACUACUGGCACUGUCUGCAGUUAUGAGGGAUCAUAUUUGUGAAGUGAUGAGCAGUGGCAGUGAGUGGAACUGAGUCACAAAGAUGAGAAGCCACAUUCAUGGUGUGAGGAGCGGGCAGUCAAUGGUGGCCUUGCUCACAACUCUCUCUCCUCUGGCUGUCUCUCUCUUACUGUGGGUGUCACAGUCUGUGGCACAGGAAAACAUCAGUAAUGCUAUCAAUAAUAACAGCAGUGCCACCACUGUAAGCUUGGGCCAGAGAGAUAAUGCAAGUGUUAAUAAUAGUGAUGUUAAACCUGUAAUAUAUGUUGAUAACCCACAACACUUGAGGGAAUUGCAGGAGCAGAGCUUUCUCCGCCAUUCUUUAAGAUUAUCACCAGGAAGAAGCACUGAUGGAAAGGAUGGUAAUGUUCUUGGUGUGUCAUUGCUGGAGCAGGCAGCCACUCUUGGAUCACAGCUCAGGCAUAUAGCUAAUAAUGAGUUGGGAGUUACACAUAUGCAGGCUACCUUCGAUGAGCUGCCAUACUCAGAUCUAGAGAGGAGAGAAGAAGACACUGUUAAAGAGAUGAUACAGUCACUGGAGCGGAAGUUUACCGUAUUCUCUAGUCUAAUAGAAGAAAUGUCCAAGCUUGUGGCUAAUUUUUAUAGUGAGCACAGAGAAAGGGAACUGGAAGAUGUAAUGCAUUAUGCAGAUGAACACAAGUAUCACCCCUGUUGCCUCAUCCCUGACAAUUACCUUGAGCAAGUAUCUUGUUUUUGUUGUGUAUUUUUAUUUCUUAGUGGAAAACAGAGUUUGAGAUAUGGUAGAGAAGAAUGUGGUCAUCAGUAUGGUGGAGAAGAAUGUGGUCAUCAGUAUGGUGGAGAAGAAUGUGGUCAUCAGUAUGGUGGAGAAGAAUGUGGUCAUCAGUAUGGUGGAGAAGAAUGUGGUCAUCAGUAUGGUGGAGAAGAAUGUGGUCAUCAGUAUGGUGGAGAAGAAUGUGGUCAUCACUAUGGUGGAGAAGAAUGUGGUCAUCAGUAUGGUAGAGAAGAAUGUGGUCAUCAGUAUGGUGGAGAAGAAUGUGGUCAUCAGUAUGGUAGAGAAGAAUGUGGUCAUCAGUAUGGUGGAGAAGAAUGUGGUCAUCAGUAUGGUGGAGAAAAAUGUGGUCAUCAGUAUGGUAGAGAAGAAUGUGGUCAUCAGUAUGGUGGAAAAGAAUGUGGUCAUCAGUAUGAUGGAGAAGAAUGUAGUCAUCGGUAUGUGUUUAUUAUGAAUUUACGAAGAUAUCCCACCAUUAAGUGGCAGUAUUUCAUGUCAGUAAAUGGUCUGCACACUGAGUACCCUGCACAUAGACCAGGAACAAGUAUUGGUGCAGACUGUGGCCAGUCUUCCCGUCACCGUCAUGUCUAUGAAGCUACGGUGAGAUCCAGUGGUUGGAACAUUGUUCUUCUCUAUGAUCUGGGAGAAUCUCUUACACCAAGGCUUCUCUUGACAGCUAAAGCUAUUGAACGAACUAACCAUAGUCUUGGACUGCUAUCAGCUCUUGAUGUUAUUGCAAGUUCAUCACUUAGUUUGUCAUCACAAAAUGCAUCAGUUCUACUGGUGUACAUGAGUCGCGGGGUGUUGGAAACAGUACGGCAAACACGCCUAGUCAUGAAGAGGGUUGCUGAGAGAAUAGAAUCCAUUAAUACUAGAGUCGUCAUCAGCACCUUUGGACUUGGACUAGUCAGUGAUGAGCCUUCUUUGGCAAAGAAGUUUUUAGAAGACUUAGCCUACCAGAACUUUGACAAGUAUAAUAUUCAGUUCUCAAAAGUUGGUAAUCAAGGAACACUGGUGUUACUGGACUCUACAUUGAGUGUGGCUCCUCUCAUUAACAACUUCUACAACGUAGUGCAGGAACCAAAAGCUUAUAAUCACAGUCCAUGGGAUCUUGUCAUCUCUGAGCCCUACUGGGAUGAUGAUGGAAAAGAAACUGUUGUAUCCCUUACUAGAAGUGUUCAUACCGAUGAAGGAAAAAUUGUUGGAGUGAUAGGCAUUGAUGUUCCUCUCGCAAAUCUGCUUGAAGAUAUCACUCACUUCAAUUCUCCAGCUCAGUCCUAUGCCUUUGCCAUAGAUUCAAGAGAUUAUCACCAGGAAGAAGCACUGAUGGAAAGGAUGGCUACCUUCGAUGAGCUGCCAUACUCGGAUCUAGAGAGGAGAGAAGAAGACACUGUUAAAGAGUGCAGUGAAACCUUGCUCAAACAGACUAAUAUGAUGAUACAGUCACUGGAGCGGAAGUUUACCGUAUUCUCUAGUCUAAUAGAAGAAAUGUCCAAGCUUGUGGCUAAUUUUUAUAGUGAGCACAGAGAAAGGGAACUGGAAGAUGUAAUGCAUUAUGCAGAUGAACACAAGUAUCACCCCUGUUGCCUCAUCCCUGACAAUUACCUUGAGCAAUAUGGUAGAGAAGAAUGUGGUCAUCAGUAUGGUGGAGAAGAAUGUGGUCAUCAGUAUGGUGGAGAAGAAUGUGGUCAUCAGUAUGGUGGAGAAGAAUGUGGUCAUCAGUAUGGUGGAGAAGAAUGUGGUCAUCAUAUGGUGGAGAAGAAUGUGGUCAUCAGUAUGGUGGAGAAGAAUGUGGUCAUCAGUAUGGUGGAGAAGAAUGUGGUCAUCAGUAUGGUAGAGAAGAAUGUGGUCAUCAGUAUGGUGGAGAAGAAUGUGGUCAUCAGUAUGGUAGAGAAGAAUGUGGUCAUCAGUAUGGUGGAGAAGAAUGUGGUCAUCAGUAUGGUGGAGAAAAAUGUGGUCAUCAGUAUGGUAGAGAAGAAUGUGGUCAUCAGUAUGGUGGAAAAGAAUGUGGUCAUCAGUAUGAGGGAGAAGAAUGUAGUCAUCGGUAUGGUAGAGAAGAAUGUGGUCAUCAGUUGGUAUCGAAGUCACUUUGGCACUCGUGUCAACGAGGACCUGUGUUGUGACUCUGGUUUUGGAUCAGGUGAUCAUCCACUUCCUGAGGACUUUUAUGCAGCUCCUGACAACUUAAGAGAGAGAACAAGUAUUGGUGCAGACUGUGGCCAGUCUUCCCGUCACCGUCAUGUCUAUGAAGCUACGGUGAGAUCCAGUGGUUGGAACAUUGUUCUUCUCUAUGAUCUGGGAGAAUCUCUUACACCAAGGCUUCUCUUGACAGCUAAAGCUAUUGGUCACCAAAUUAUCUCCACUUUGCAACAAAGAGACAACAUAGCAGUAUUGGGAGUUGCAAAAAGUAUCUUUCAUCCCUCUGCAUCCUGUUUAAGGUCUACUCUUGUAUCUGCUACACAUGAUGUUAAGGAAAGCAUCAGGGAAUUCGUGGACUACAUGGAAAUAGAAAAUGGUAAGGACAAUAUAAUGUUAUGUUUUUAUAAAGGACGGUCAGCUGCUAUGCAUUCCCCCGCUGAUCCUGUGGUGGCCGUACUGGCCACAGAUUUUACUCUAGGUUACUGGUACAAGUUGCUGCUUGACCUUAAUCCUUCAUGUGGCAAUUAUGGUGCUCUGGGUAAAGCAAGUAAUGUAAGGUGUUUCCUGAUGAACAAUGAGGGCUACCUGGUGGCACAUCCAUCCUUGUUGGCACCUUCUGCCUCUCCAAACCUUGGUGCUGAUAUUCCACCACACAUCACACACCAGGAGCCAGUUGUGUCCAUGGAGUUGCUAGCAGGCGGAGGAGGUCUGUUGUCGAAGACGUCCUGUGGUCGCUGGUGGCAUGGUGCUAGUGAGAGACAUUACUCUCUACGUCUUCCUACUGGGCAGGUUGUUGCCUCUUCUGGCCCAGAGACAGGACAGGUUGAUAAUUCGUGCCUGCGUUACACCCUUACUUCCGUACCUGCAACCAACCUCAUCCUGGGCAUCAUCAACCAGACCUGCAGUCCAUCUGUGGCUUUUUGUCCCUGCAGCAUGGAUGAUAGACUGUGUCUCAAUUGUCAGCUGGUGGAAGCCGGUGCUUGUGAGUGCCCUUGUGAGUGUCCACUAUUGUCACGUCCAUGUGCUGCAUCUGUACUGGACCUCUCUUCUGCCACCACCCAGUCAUCAGCUUUCAUGGAUUCCCUCAGUAACUACACAAGUGAUUCAUUUAGCCAGCAUUGGCAACCAUAUUUUGAUGCAGGUUUCAUGAAAGGCCAGCUCAUGCCUCAAGUUCUAGAACUUGCCACCCAGUCUCCAGACACAGCACCCACAUGUGGACGCACUCCAGAAGCUGCCAUGCCGCUGCAGUAUUCCAUUGGUUUAUUAUCUCACCUUGAUACAUGCCUCUCUCUGUCAUGUGCCACUCAGAUGACACACUCAUCUUGUUUAGGUGUAGUUGGCUGCAUAUGGUGUUCCUUGACAAGUGAUAGGCAGUCACGUAUGGCACACCCACACUGUACUGAAGUUCAUCAGUGCUAUGGUGGUGUUCUCGGAGGACCUUCACCAUAUCCUCAUGGACUUGCUACUCUUCCUCAUUCAGAUAACACACAUGGUGCCUCAGGAAAUCCCAUUGGUCCUGUGGCUGGUGGGAUCAUGGCAGUAUUUAUGGUGGUAGCUGUGGCUGUGUAUUGCUACCGGCAACACGUGGGUGGUGGCAGCAGCCGUUCUUUCUACACUCCUGCCAACUUUCAGUCCCAACCUCACCAGCAUCCUUUAUACCAGUCACAACCCACACAUCAACUUGAUAAUGGUGAUGAAGAUCUCUUAGGAGACAUGUCUGGGGUGGGAUUAGGAGCAGCUGCCACUGUUAGCCCAUACCGCAUGAACCCUGGGUACCGCCGUCCUCCAGGUCUGGCCGACUCAAGUGAUCAAGGUUACUCCACCAUGACUCCUCAUGAUGAUUCAGAAAACCUUAAUUACAAUGAUUUAGGAGGGAUUGUAGGCCUUCCAAUAAAUCAUAUGGUAGAAGAUUUCCAUUCAUCCUCUGGCUGGUCUCCGCCUUCUUCUCCAGUACCCCAGGAAAGAGAGAGUGAUGGGCUGGACAACCACAAUCAUUAUGAACCUUCUCAUACACUUUUGGCAAAUAUUAAACGCAGUGGGCCAAACAUUAUUCAAGUGCCAGUUACUGUACACAUGGUUGAUACUGUAUGAGGCUCGAUGUUUUGUUUACUAUGACAUAGUCUCUAAACAUUGCCAAAUGAUGUCAGGAGAAAUGUUGAGACAAUUGUUAAAAAAUGAGUCAAUGGUAAAAAACUCGACAAUAAGUGUACAUUGUGUUUUGUGAGGCAGGGUGAUUUGUGCUCAGUAAAAUGAUGAUUGAACCAUGACCAGUAUUAUGUAGAAGUUAUGUGUCCAUAAUUGUUCUUUUUGAAUGAUUACUGGGCACCCAGUAAGUUCUUACCUACACAAAUGCAUGGCUCUCAAGCCAGAGUUGUCCAUAGUCCCAUUAGUGCUUUACAGAGCAUGUGUAUAAGGUUCACAAAGUGUAUUACCUCGUGUAAUUUUAAUAUUUUUAGAGAACUAAUCUUAAUGAUAAGACUUAUACAGCUGUAAAACAUACAUAGUAUUAAGAUUUUGUAAUUAUUAAAUCAUUAGAUAUAAUAAUGAUUUAUCUAGUCUAACUGCAUCUAUUGCUUGCUAAGAUGACUGACCACAGUGAAGCCACUUCUUGUCUUGUGGUUCAUCUUUUGAAAAAAAGAUGGUAGUUAGUUUGGCAUUAUUUUUUUUUUAUUAUUUUUAACAUUAAUAUUACAGUGCUUUUUAACUCAUUGGCCAUCUCUCACUAAGGUAGGGUGACCCCCGAAAAAAGAGGAAACACAUUCACCAUCAUUUAUUCAAUCACUGUCUUGCAAGAAGUGUGCUGAUAUUACAGUUAAGAUGACCCUCUGAACUGCAACAUCCUCACCCUCUCCUUCAGAGUGCAGCCACUCAACUUCCCACCUCCAUAUUAUUACUGUUAUUCUUUAUUAUUACAAUGAUUAUUAAUAUUGUAAUAAUGCAAGUUACAAUUAAUAUUAUAAUUUUUAACAAUACAGUAAUAUUAUUAUUAUUAUUAUUACUAUUAUUAUUAUUAUUAUUAUUAUUAUUAUUAUUAUUAUUAUUAUUAUUAUUUUUAUUUUUGUAUAUGGACUGAACUCAAAUAUCCCAAACUUCAGUUACCUAUAAAUACAAAAAGAUAAUAUUUUGUAUAUGUUGACAGCAUUUUAACCCUUAGUGUCCAAACGUAGAUCUACGUUCCCGUAUGUAGCACUCCAACCUUGGUUUUCCCCAUUUGAAAGCAUGUAAAAAAAUGUAGAUCUGCGUUCGGGGCCCCCACAUGUGGACGUAGAUCUACGUUUGGACAGUUUAAGGGUUAAUGAUGACUGGGGCAGUGUGACCAUGCAGAUGCUGGGGCAGUGUAACCAUGCAGGUGCCAAGACAGUGUGACCAUGCAGGUGCUGGUGCAGUGUGACCAUGCAGGUGCUGGUGCAGUGUGACCAUGCAGGUGCUCGUGCAGUUUGACUGUGAAGGUACUGGUGCAGUUUGACCAUGCAGGUGCUGUUGCAGUGUGACCAUGCAGGUGCUGGGGCAGUUUGACCAUGCAGGUGCUGGUGCAGUGUGACCAUGCAGGUGCUGGUGCAGUUUGACCAUGCAGGUGCUGGUGCAGUGUGACCAUGCAGGUGCUGGUGCAGUGUGACCAUGCAGGUGCUGGUGCAGUUUGACCAUGCAGGUGCUGGUGCAGUUUGACCAUGCAGGUGCUGGUGCAGUGUGACCAUGCAGGUACUUAGACAGUGAUCAUGCAGGUGCUGGGACAAUGUGACCAUGCAGGUACUGGGACAAUGUGACUAUGCAGGUACUGGGACAGUGUGACCAUGCAGGUACUGGGGUAGUGUGACUAUGCAGGUGCUGGAACAGUGUGACCAUGCAGGUGCUGGGACAAUGUGACCAUGCAGGUGCUGGGACAAUGUGACCAUGCAGGUACUGGGACAGUGUGACUAUGCAGGUGCUGGGACAAUGUGACCAUGCAGGUGCUCGGA